UUGGCCCUGUGAAGGUUCUAUGCCCCAGUGUAGGGGAAUGCCAGGGCCAGGAAGUGGGAGAGGGUGGGUUGGUGAGCAGGGGGAGGGGACAGGGAAUAGGGUUCCCCCGACCCCCGAAGGGAAACUGGGAAAGGAGAUAUCAUUUGAAAUGUAAAUAAAGAAAAUAUCUAAUAAAAGAAAAAAGUAUCCAGUUUUCAAAAUACCAGUUAGAAGUCAGUGUAAUGGAGUUAUGGACUAACAUAAAAUUAUUGCAUAUAUUCUUUGAUUCUGCAAACGGUGAGCUAUGGAUACAGAGCAACCAUGGUCUAUAGAAGACUGCCAUCUUAAAAGUUAUCACAAUAUAUGUACAUUGUGAUGAGAGCUGUAGGAGAGACAGGAGGAAUAACCAAGCUAUCAAGGAAGCAACCAGUGGCCCUGUAGAGGACACACUUAGGCUGAUCUUGAAAGCUCACGAGGAUUUUGUGAAGUGAUGAGAAAGAGCACAUCCCACAUAGAAAGAGUAUGGUGACAGUCACUCUAGGAGACAGUGUAGCUGGCUCUGGGGUCUGUGAACACAUCAGAAUGGUGACAGCAGGAAAGUAAAGGUUGAGGAGGGGGUGGUAAAAACUCACAGAGGAGUAUAUUUAUGUCAUCAUUGCUUGCCUGAAUUGUAAACUUCAUGCUACCAGGAGUCAUGUCUGACCCAUAUGCCAGUACACUCCAAGGUCUAGUAGCUUCUGUAUAAGUAUUUAUUGAACUUAUCGAAUGUGCCAUUGCACAUUCAUAGAAGGAAACAUUUUUAAUUUUUCACAUAAGGCAAGGGGAGUCUUGAAUGUUUGAAGGAGAGUAUAUGAGCAUGAGAUGCCUGACAGCAUGGAGGAUGAGUGAGUAGAGAAUGUGCGAGAGGUGGCUCUGGUAGACUGGUAGACUGUGGGCUUCUAAACUUCACAGUGUACUCGUUGCAGACUGCAUUAGAAAAACAGAAGAGACAGUGCUAGAGAGGAUUAUCUGUAAAAGGGAUAAAUGUUAUCGAGUGACAUUUGUGUUCGUGCAUGCGUGCAUGUGUAUUGUAAAUAUAUGUCUUACGACAUACGGAGCUUGAAACCCACUGUGUUAGAUGUGGAUGAUGGAGAAGAAAUAAUAAAUAAGUAAUUUUUGAGGAAAGUAGAUGUGAGCUUAAAAUGUUAUUAUCUGUGUAACUCUCAGGGGAAGUAUGGUUUUUGUUCCUGUAACAAAGCAAAGGUUUAUUUUAGUUCCAUUUUAGAGAUUUUAAUUCAUGGCUAACUGUCCCUGUUGGCCCUGUGGUACACAGUGAUUAUGGUAGAAGUGUGUGGCAGAGGAGCUACCUGCCUCAUGGAGCCAGGAAUGAAGGAAAGAAGGGACUGGAAUUCUAAUAUCCUUUUUAGGGAACCCCCAUGGCACAGCUUCUGUGAGAUCCCACUUCUUUAAGGCUCUAUUGCCCCUAGUAGCACUAAGGGCUUAGCACUAAGCCUCUUACACAUGGACUUUUAGUACUUUUAAGAUCCAAAACAUAGCUGUAAGUGAUGGCUUAGCCUAUUUCAGUAUUUAUGUCUACUUAGUAUUUUUCAUUGUAUAUUAAAACUCUGGCAUCCCGGUUUAUUAGGUGUGACAGUACUUUGUUGUAAGCAACUGUUGUAAAUGCCACAGAAUUCUCUGUUUUAAAAGUGCUUAGGGCUGGUGAGAUGGCUCAGUGGGUAAGAGCACUAACUGCUAUUAUGAAGGUCCCGAGUUCAAAUUCCAGCAACCACAUGGUGGCUUACAACCAUUCUUAAUGAGAUCUGACACCCUCUUCUGGUGUGUCUAAAGACAACUACAAUGUACUUACAUAUAGUAAUAAAUCAAUCUAUGAACCAGAGCAAGUGGAGCCUGAACAAGCGGAGGUCCUGAGUUUAAUUCCCAGCAACCACAUGAUGGCUCACAACCAUCUGUACAGCUACAGUGUACUCAAAUAUAUAAAAUAAAAUAAGUAAAUCUUAAAAAAUAUUAAAAAGUGCUUAGCCUGCAGAUUGUAGGAUGAAGCCUUACUGUCAAAAAUCAUGACAAUUAACUGAACUGUUUGAUAUAAUUAAUGGCUACAUUCUUUGGUUUCUGUCCUUCAGGCAAAGGUGCUUAGUUUCAUGAGUCAUCGAGAAGCCCUUCUUCCUACUUUGAUCGUUUUGUCAGUAUAGUAGACAGAGUCUGCUAGAGUGUCAAUAAAAUUACAAACUUAUUUUUCUGUCCUGCCUGUGACAUGUAUAUUAAAGAUAAAAAGUUAUUCAUUAGGCUAAGUUAUAUUUGCUGUUAAGAAAUGUAGUGUCCCCCUUAAAAUCAGUCUAAUUAAAUAACGGGGUUAUGUGGAUUUAUUGGGUAUGACUUUUCUGUGAAAUGACAACAUUUUUAAAUAUUUAAAAUUUAGUCUGUUCUGUACCUAACUCAUUAUUGGGAAAUCAUGCUGACUUUCUAAAUUUGACAAAAGUAAGAAACAAAUUGUAAACAAUGAAUAUCCAGCUGUAACUGAUACAUUCAAAUGUGGAGGCUGUUUAGCUUUCUCUUGAGGUCUCAGCAUACAGAUCUGUGUUUAUGAAAUCCCACCACUAGUUGUGAGGCCUCAGACAAUCCACCUCACAGUACUGAGCUUCUUCACUGUACAACAGGGUUCCUUUGUUAGGAGUUUUGUAUGGAUUAGUUAGGAAAGCACACAUAGAACCUCAUCAUACUGCACAUGAAGUGAAGCAGAGCUCUUGGUGUCUGCCCUUCACAUAGUCCCAAGAGAUGGGGUGUGCAGGGGUGUGGUGAGGGGGGAUGAGCUCUCAAACAGUCUGGAAGGUGUCAGUAGAGUCUGGAUAGUUUUGGUAGUUUAUUGGGGGCAGGUAAAAAUGAUGCUGUUCUUUUCUUAGUUCUUGUGUCUUGAUUAAAGGACUUUUAAGACCUGUCUGGAUGUGAGAGAACUGCCUCCAGAGCAAGCCUUAAGCUGAUCAGAGUUAGCACAGGCUUCUCUAAGAAAGACUGCUGUUAGUUGUCAUAGGACAUUUCAUGCAUGACAUUCUCAGUGAAUAAAAAUACUAGCUUAAAAUCGUUUUAAGGAACUGCCUUAUUUCUAUGUUAAAGGAAGCUAUGCUGUCUUGAUUAGACAGUUUUUAUCCAUUUUGUUUAGAGAAUUUCCUUGCAUUGUGAAUAGACACUUCCAUCUGGUAAAGUUCUUGUUGUGGGUUUGGUUCCUUCCAUAUUUAUAUAUUUCUUCUCUGGAAGUUUGGUUAGAUGUCAAAGAUGUCUCCAUUGAAGAGCAGAGUGUGUUUGUAAAGGCUCUCUGCUCACACAGGCUCUAUUGUCAGUCAAGCUCUUCCCCAUAGGCUGAGUCCCAUUGACCAGUCUACAGAACAGCUUUGAAAGUUGGCUGUGUGCCAGGCCCCACUCGAGAGUCUGAGGAGGUGGACUACAUACUGUCCUUUCUGUGGGAGGACCGUCAGAGACAAAGCAACAAAUCCUGUGUUGCAGAUGUGAACAGAAAGUUGUGGAGUGCUGACGAGCAUGGUUGACAAGCACUGCUGACUGCCUGGGUCUGAAGAAAUGUGUCUCAAGGGUGCUGUUUGUCAUUCACAAAAAGAUUCUGACAGCAGCCCAUGGGGUAACACCUUCCAGGGUGUGUUUGCACGUCCAAUCUGUAUGAUUCUGAUAAAAAAUCAUAGCAAAAACACUAGCUACCCUUUCACCUUGCAUGUAAUUCUUUUUACUAGUUUCUUUUUUGGAAUAUAUGUUAAUAUUAUGUCUAAUUUGGAAGUUGACAUGCACACAUAUUGAAUGUAACACUGAAGGUUGCAAUAAAUAGUAAAAGACUCAUCAAGUUGAUUCCUGGGUUAAGAAGAGAUCUAAAUGAGGAAUGAAGGGUUAUAGGUUAUGGCAAAGAUAAUUAAAUCAUGAGUGGUUAUUAGACAUUUCUCAUUUUAAAAAAAUCUAAAUUCUAAUCUCUAAAAAAGAUUUAGUGGUUGCUAUAGCAACUAUAUUAGUUUCCCGUUGGUGUUGUUAGUGUAUAACAAAUUACCACAUAUUUAUUUUCUUAAUAAUUGAUUUGUAGGGGAGGGUGCACAUGCCAAGUCAGGCGUGUGGAGGUCAGAGAGCUACUUAGUGGAGAUGGUUCUCUCCAUCCACUUUUACUUGGGUUUUGGGAAUCAGAGGCAGGUGACGAAGCUUGCCUGCUAAGCACCUGGGCCUGCUGAACCAAUACAUUUGUUGUCAGGGUUUAGUUGGUCAUGCCUAACACAGGUUGAGGCAGCUAAUCAAGGUGUCCAUGGUCUUUAGUCCACGCUCUCCUUAGUGAAUCCUGUUUUUGGUGUUCUCAGCCUCUCCUCCAGUCAGUCAGCCUUCACAGGUUGUCUCAGUCUCUUUUCUGCAAUCUCAGAGCCAGCAAGAGCGGACUGAGCCUCUUGGUGUCUGACUGGCCUUUUAUUUUUUUGCCUUUCUCCUCAUUUUAAAAGGUCUAGUGAUACUACAGAGUCAACUCAGAUAAGUAGACUAAUCUUUUUCUUCACUAGCACCCUGAAUUCUAUCAACAUAUUUCAGUUCCCCUUUGUAAAGUAAUAUAUGUUCUGAGAGUUGAGGGAUUCAGAUAUGUGGGCACUGUCUGAGAUGCCAUUAUUAGACACUAACAUUAGGCUGCUUUUUAAUAAUAUGGUCUGCCAAAACCAGCUUAGAAGCGCCAUGAUAACCCAUGUGAAGUUUUAUUUUGAAAAAUGCUCUCAACCUCUUUGAUCUUUAAUCAGUUUUAAAACAAGCUUUAUGUCAUGGAUUUAAACAACAUCGAAACAUUUGUCAUAUCCAAAUUAUGCCUCAGCUCUGAUUUCAAUACUGAACCUAAGACUGAAAUGCAGCUGCCAGCUCAGUUGGCUAUCCAGUGGGCCUUCUUAAAAAUUAAAUCUGGAAGUGGGAGAUGGCUUAGUAGAUAAAGCAUUUGUCAUCCAAGUGUGAGGGCUGGAGUUCAGAUCCUUAGCUCCCACAUAAAAACCUCUCAGGCAUGGUCACAAGCCUGUAUUCUCAGCACUCUAAGGCCGAUCUCCAAAGCGAGAUAGCUAACUAGCCAAGUGGGUGAACAAAGUUCAAAUUAGAGACCCUACCUCAGUCUAUAAGAUGCAGAGCAAUCAAAACAACAUCUGCAACCCCCAGUCUCCACACACAUGACAUAUACAUAUCUGCCCAUACCCAUGCACACAAACAUGUCCCCAAACAUACAAAAUAAUAAAAAUAAAAAUGGAAGUCAUUGUAUCUAUCUAUCUAUCUAUCUAUCUAUCUAUCUAUCUAUCUAUCUUCUGGUCAUACCUCAAACCUCACUUCCCAGUCUUCAGCUUUCUGUGGCUCAGGGUAGACAUUUACCUGAGACUUAACAUCUUGUAUCCCACAUCUUGUAUGAAAACAGCUCCUUCAGAAUUCACAUGGAGUUUGACUGAAUAUCACCUGUACUUGGUCUAGGACAUCAUCUCCUUGGCAGUUACAGUAAUUCCUGCACUGUUUUCUCAUCUUGUUCUGUGUCUCACUCCCUGCUACCUACUUUGAAAUUUUACAAAUUUUACAAAUUUUGAAGUAGCCAGAGAUCUUAAAAACAAAACAAAACAAAAAACCCAAAAACAACAACAAAAAGAAACCAAACAGUAAUGAGCUGGAGAGAUGGCUCAGCAAUUAACACUGGCUGCUCUCCUCCAGAGGUCAUGAGUUCAAUUUCCAGCACCCACAUGGUGGCUCACAACCAUCUGUCAUGGAAUCUGAUUCCCUCUUAUGGUGUUCAUGAAAACAAAGCAGUCUUAUUAUACAUAGGAUGAAUAAAUAAAUAUGCAUGAUAAAUUCUUUGUCCUGGCUUCCCAUGUCAUGCAUUUAGUACACUCAUUUGUCUGUAAAGCCCGUGUUCAUCCUGUCUUUGACUGUCUCUCCUGUAUUUUCCCUGUGACUCAUUCAGAUCCAGCCACAGUGACUGACUGACUGACAGUACAUUGAUUUUCUCCUAAGAACACAAACUUCAUGAUGGCAGUAAAACUUUUUGUUGUUGCUGCCGUAUUUUCAGAGCUAGACUAGUGUAUGAUCGUAGUAAAUGCUCACAGUUAUUGAAUGAGUGCUUCAUAAUCUUCAUGGUUUGGGGUCCCCUCAAUGUAUUACUUUGGGCUUGUUUGGUAACCAGAAGUACUCAUGGUAUAUUUUACAUAGCUCUAAUUUGCCUUUAGCCAGCAUGUGACAUCAUCAUUCCUUAGGAUGGUAGGACUACAUAUGAUAGAGCGCUCUGUGGACAUCAUUCCUUAGGAUGGUAGGACUACAUAUGAUAGAGCGUUCUGUGGCACGGAGGUGUUUUCCUCUGCUCACUGGCCUCUCUUCACCUUACUAUUUCUCUUACACACUUUGAAAGGUAGGCAGUUACAAAAACUAUUUCUCUUUUAGCCACAGAACAGCUCUUUUGUAGUAACAUACUUCAUUAAGAGAUAAUGUCAGAAAGAGCCUAAAGUCUUGGAUUUUAGUCCUGCCUCUGUGACAGACACUUGAUGAAUUUUUGAUUUCUCCUUUGGUUAAAUGAGACCAACAACUGUCAUCCUACUGUCUUCAUGGGACUGGAGAAUAAUAGAAAGUGUUUGAAGAUGGUUCAUAAACUCUAAAGUGCCAGGAAGGUGGAGAAGUAAGUUCAGAUCAACUGUAUCUUUUCUUUGUGGUUGAUUGUUUUUAAGUAACUACAGCAUACCUGAUGGGUCAGCUUUAUGGAGUCAAUGGGCAGGAAGCUCUUUGGCUUCUGUUUUCUGUCCCUUAAUGCCGCACCCAAAUCUAUGAUCUCCACUUCUCUUUCCCUUCCUUGCUGAGGACCCUUUCUCAGAUUUCUCACUCUGACCUCUGUUGCUAGAGUCUCAUCACCCUUCAAUUCUCAUGGUCUUCUACAUGUAUAUACUAUUGUAUGCUGCUGCUGCUGCUGCUGCUGCUGCUGCUGCUGCUGCUGCUGCUGCUAAGAUUGAUUGUGUUGCCCAUUACAACAAAGGAUAGUUUUGGCCUCAGUUUUUUGUCCUGGUUCAAACCUCAUCUCUCAUCACUAGUUCUGUAUAUCCAAGUUUUAUACCUUCACCGACUUUCCCAAUCUUCUCUAGUAUGGCAAGGACCAGACCAAGUACCUACACUACACUGAAUUUACACAAUUUAAGGCCUCAGCCUGGAAAACCUGCCCCAUCCUCCUUUAGCAUUUUUAUUCUUUUGGACUUAGUCCUGGCAUUGACUCUCCAGUGACUUGAAUUCCUCAGCGAGAGUUAGCUCUUGUGAUGUUGACUUUUCCCUUAGUACUUUGUGCUUUGGGCUGUUGGCUGUUUUGUUUUGUUUGGACAUGGUGUGUCUUAUUUCAUGAGUUCUUGAAGUACUAAGGCUCCGUCACGGAAGAGAAUGAAGUAGUCUUUUUAGGAAGCUGCAGUAGGUUGAAUAGGAAUCUUCACAGGAUAUGUCCAUGUCCUAACCCCUAAACCUGGAAAUGUGACCCUACUUGGAAAAUCAAUCUUUUUGUUGGAAUUCAGCAAUUACUUUCAACAUUGUAGUAAUUUGUUAGAACUGCUCUGAGGAACUAAGUAGAAGAUUAAAGCAGAUGGCUGUGUAUCUGUUACUGUUCUCAUCACUGACCAAAAUGACAGAAGCAGGUGACUUUAGGGGAGGAAAGCCUUAGUUUGGCUCAUUGUCCCAGGUGAUUUCAGCACAUUAUGGCGAGGAAGACAUGGUGGCUGGAACAGAUAAUGGGGCUGUUCAUAUCACCCAGGCAUACAGAAGGUCAGAGCUUGGGGCCAGAAGCAAAGAGAACCAGUCAAAGCUUCUCCCAUGGCAAACCACUGUGUCAGCCAGGUCCCACGUCUUAAAGGUUCUACAGCUUCCUAAAACUGUCAGCAGUUGGGGACCAAGUAAUUCCACACAGGAGCCAAAGGAACCAGGUCAGAUUUAGGCUAGAGUAGCAGGAGCACCUAGCACCAUGUAUGUCACCAUCCAUAUCUCACUGUUAUUCUGAUGAUCUGGGACCUACAUGUUCUCAGAAGGAAUGGCUGAAUAAAAAUAGUUCUUGCCUGUGAACUCUCUGUCUGGUUGCACUGGUAGUGUUGAUAAGAAUUGUACAUAAGGGUAUGCUUGAAGAAGCCUUUGGAGACAGAUCCCUCUUAUUUUUUCAAAGGAUUUAUUAAAAAAAAUUUAUAAUUCUGGUGUGAUGGUGUACACCUUUAAUUCCAGCACUUUUGAAAGGCAGAGGCAGGUGGAUUUCUGAGUUUGAGGCCAGCCUGGUCUACAGAGUGAGUUCCAGGACAGCCAGAGCUACACAGAGAAACCCUGUCUCGAAAAAACCAAAAACAAACAAACAAACAAAAGAUAUUUAAUUAGUAUGGGUGUUUUGCUGGAAUGAAUGCCUGUAUACUUGUAUGCAGGAUUCUCAGAGGUCAGAAGACGGUGUCUGAAACCCUGAAACAGGAGUUCAGACACUUGUGAUCUGCCUUGUGGGCGCAAUCCAGGUCGUCUAGAAGGGCAGCCAGUGCUCUUAACUACUAAGACAUCUUUCUAACCCCUUAAAUAUUUAUUUUUAUUUUUAAUUCCAUAUUGUGUGCAUAUGUGCAAGUGAGUGCGGGUGCCUACAGAGCCCAGAAGAGGGCACCAGACCCCCUGUAGCUGGACGUAGUAGUGAGCUGCCUGGUGUGGGUGCUAGGAAUGAAACUUGGUCCUCUGUGUGAGCUUAUGUGCUCUUAACCACCGAGUCAUGGUUCCGGCUCCCACCUUUUUGUUUUAAGUAUGUGCAGGAUAGUGAUGGAUGCUUAAUACUUUUUACACACUUUUAAAAAUUGUUCUUUUACCACAAUAUUUUCAGUGAGACUGUAUUUCCUCCUAGAAGACUCAGAAGUUACACACAUAGUCUCACCAACAACACUGCCUAAACAUGAGCUGAAUGAGGACAAUAAUAGACAUCCUGAAUUGGACAGCAAAGCCCACAAGGCCUCAAUCCUAUGGAAAGAACUCCAGAGAAUGAAUAAGAGGCCAGCAGCAGAGGGAAUCUUCUGAAAGAAUCUUUUGUGCACGCCUCAGAAUCGGGUAUGUUGACCUGAAGAAAUCCUUAAGAUGAAUGCAAGAAAAACAUGGAAGAAAAUAUCUACUCUAAUGAGGCCAUUCAUAAAUCACGCUGUCAGAAAAUAUCCAGUUAUAGACAAAAUGACUAUUCCCACGCUGCUCCUUUCUCCUUACCGGCACUCACUAACCCACCUCUGGAGAGUGCCUUCCCCACGGCUCCUUCACUCCAGUCAUCCUGCACCGGGACCUCCAGGUGCUCUGCCAAACUCCUUUGGACACCAUUGUACUAAGAGGGUGCUACUGUCUGACUGUUUCAGGAGAACAUUAUGUGUCCAGGCCACCUUGAAGGACUACACAGAAGGACUUUCUGAUAAAGAACAAAGAUUUGUGGAUAGACUUUAUACAGGUUUAGUUCAAGGGCAGAGAGCUUGCUUAGCAGAGGCCAUAACUCUUGUGGAAUCAACUCACACCAGGAAGAAGGAGCUGGCUCAGGUGCUUCUCCAGAGAGUCUUAGCCCACCAGCGGGAGCAGGAGCUGCGGAACCAAGGAAAGCCCCUCACAUUUCGAGUAGGAUUGUCCGGGCCCCCUGGUGCAGGAAAAUCAACCUUCAUAGAAUGUUUUGGGAAGAUGCUGACUGAGCAAGGGCACAGAUUAUCUGUGCUAGCUGUGGAUCCAUCUUCUUGCACCAGUGGUGGGUCCCUCUUAGGUGAUAAAACCCGGAUGAUUGAGCUGUCAAGAGAUAUGAAUGCAUACAUCAGGCCAUCUCCUACCAGUGGGACUCUAGGAGGGGUGACAAGGACCACAAAUGAAGCCAUCGUAUUGUGUGAAGGAGGGGGCUAUGACAUCAUUCUUAUUGAAACUGUCGGUGUGGGGCAGUCGGAGUUUGCUGUGGCUGACAUGGUUGAUAUGUUUGUUUUAUUGCUGCCACCAGCAGGAGGAGAUGAACUGCAGGGCAUCAAAAGGGGUAUAAUUGAAAUGGCAGAUUUGGUCGUUAUAACUAAAUCUGAUGGAGACUUGGUUGUGCCAGCCCGCAGGAUCCAAGCAGAGUACGUGAGUGCACUCAAGUUGCUCCGUAGGCGCUCAGAAGUCUGGAGGCCAAAGGUAAUUCGCAUUUCUGCCAGAAGUGGAGAGGGCAUCACUGAGAUGUGGGACACAAUGAGAGAGUUUCAGCACCGAAUGCUGGCCAGUGGGGAGCUAGCCGCCAAGAGACAGACACAGCACAAAGUCUGGAUGUGGAAUCUCAUUCAGGAAAACGUCUUAGAACACUUCAAGAUGCAUCCCAGCAUCCGAGAACAGAUUCCCCUGAUGGAGAGAGAGGUUCUCAGUGGAGCCCUCUCCCCAGGACGAGCAGCAGACUUAUUGCUGAAAGCUUUUAAAAGCAGACACGAAUAAAUUUAUCCUGUGCAAUCAC